GGCCACGAUGGGCAUCCUGGAAUAUCGGUGUGUUCAUCUGUAUUCGCUGCGCUGGCAUCCACAGGAACCUAGGAGUUCAUAUAUCCAGGGUAAAAUCUGUCAACCUCGACCAGUGGACACAAGAGCAGAUACAGUGCAUCCAGGAGAUGGGAAACGGAAAAGCAAAUCGUCUGUAUGAAGCCUACCUGCCAGAGAACUUCAGGCGACCUCAAACGGAUCAAGCUGUGGAGAGCUUCAUUCGGGAUAAGUACGAGAAGAAGAAAUACAUGGACCGGAGCAUCGACAUCAAUGCGUUCCGGAAAGAAAAGGAUGACAAGUGGAAAAGGAAUAAUGAGCCAGUAUCGGAAAGAAAACUGGAACCUAUCAUCUUUGAGAAGGUGAAAAUGCCUCAAAAGAAAGAGGAAACUCAGCAGUCCAGAAAAAGUUCUCCGAAAUCUACUGAACCCGUGAUGGACUUGCUGGGACUCGAUGCUCCGGUGACAGCCACGGUUGCAAACGGCAGGCCGAGCAGCUUAGAGAAAGAUCUUGACCUUUUCGCAUCGGUGGGAUCAAACUCUGACUCCAGGAAGGUCACCGGCUCUAUGCCAACAUCGGGAAGUGCCGGUUCUGUUCCCGAAAACCUGAAUCUCUUCCCUGAGCCAGGAGGCAAAGGGGAGGACGUGGGGAAGAAGCAGCUCUCUAAAGACUCCAUCCUCUCCUUGUAUGGCUCCCAGACACCGCAGCUGCCUGCGCAAGGAGCGAUGUUCAUGGCCCCGGCUCAGAUGGCGUAUCCCGCGGCAGCGUAUACCGGCUUUCCGGGAGUAGCCCCCUCCAGCAGCAUGAUGGGCGGCAUGAUGGCCCCGUCGGUGGGAAUGGUGGCCCAGCCUGGAGCUGCAGGGAUGCCUGGAGCGGCAGGGAUGGUGGCUCCCAUGGCCAUUCCAGCUGGAUACGUGGGUAACGUGCAGGCAGCCGUCAUCGGCGUCCCCAACGGGGUGAUGGCUGCGCAGCAGGCUGGCUACGUCGCGGGGAUGGCAGCGGUUCCCCAGCCCGUCUACGGCGUGCAGCCGGCGCAGCAGCUGCAGUGGAACAUCGCUCAGAUGACCCAGCAGAUGGCUGGGAUGAACUUCUAUGGAGCGAACGGCGUGAUGGGGUACGGACAGUCGAUGGGUGGAGGAGGUGCCCAGGGCAGCAGUCAGUCCCUCAGCACUCAGAUGUGGAAAUGAUCCCGUGCGUUGUGACUGGGUUUUUUUGCCUUCUGUUCUGUUCUUCAAAACUGCUCCAUGAGACAUUCAGGGUUUUUCUUUCUGGCUGCUCUUUCCAUAACUGAGACCCAUCUCUGCCUUUUCACUGUCAGACACGGUGAAACCUCGGUGACCAGGACAUGAGCUCCCCUGUCUUUAGCACAGUCAAUGCACACUUCUGGGGUGGACCCCCUCCUUGCACAAGCCUCCACUAACGCUUCUGGGUAGCACUUAGUGUCC